AUGGAUUUAGCGUUAGAUGUUACUUCUAGUUGCAGAGUGCGUGUACUGCUUGUACCUGUUUCACCCAUCAAGAAAGCGACUUUUUAUAAAUACGUAGAGUUAGUAAAGACUUUUCAUGUCGUUCGACUGGGCGAUGUUACUCCUGAUUUAAAAAAAGGUGCCAGUGCCAUGUUCAGUAGUCAGGUAUUUCAAGAAGGUCAAAUGCAUUUUCAAUUUAUUACGCAUUGGACUCGUGAGCAUGCCGAACUUGAAGAUUUCCAACCCCAUCGUCGCAUAUUUGGUGUCAUUGGUAUUAUGGAUUGUCAAGAAUGGAAAGACAAGGACUUGAGUGAAGGAUACAAGCAAUUUGAGCAGGACCUCGAUAAAUAUCCAACAGCAGUGGCGACACGAUGUUUUGCAUUUGAUCCAACUGAAACCCAAGAAGACGAUACAAAGGGACUCAUUAUGAUUCCCAAUGUGGGUAAUAUGUCAUUUUAUAUGAGUACCAUGAUUUGUGAUUUUGCAAGCGAGAUACUCAACCAAUUUGCUCUGCUGGCAAACCGGAUCGAACAUCUUUCAGUAUUGGAAUCACCAUUACCGAAUAUCAUUCAUUUACCUCCGCGAAGUCGACCUUCUCCACAUCAAAAUCGAUUUUCUCAACCUCCCAUCUCUGUAUCUCCCAGUAAUUCAGCAAGCUUAUUGAAAAGAGCUUCUUUACAACCAUCCAUUCAAACCACUGCUCAUCCAUACCAUCACUCAAAUCUAUCCACGGGCGAUACCAUUCGAGCAAAGAAAAGAACUCCCGGUCGAAUCAGAAAGUUAUUGGGCGAUUUCUAUUUACUCUCCGGAAGAUUACCCGACGCUGUCAAUCAUUAUGACCAAGCGAUAGAAAGUGCAAAAAUUACUUCUGAUUUUUUAUGGUUAGGAAGUGCGAUGGAAGGUUGGGUGUGUGCUACCCUUCUUUUAGAGUAUUUACAAGAAGAUAUUGGUCAUAUCGUGUCCAGAAGUCCUAUUAUACCCGAUCCCCACUCUACAGAAGACGAAGGCGAAGAAGAUCAAUCACCUCCCACAGCCACCAUUCAGGGCCCUCGAUCCACUUUAACCGUGAUUGUCGAGACCUAUGCAAAAAUCAUUAGCUACUAUUCACGUGUAUCGACCACGGCUAAUUUCGCCGUACCCGAUCUCGUGUUUGCCGAAUCCUGUUUAAAGAUAGCGCGCGUAUUAACCACAGCUUAUUUAAACGAUGGAUGGAACGACCGCAGCAUGUCUUUGCUGGUACACGGUCAAUUGCAUCCUCUCUCGGAGGAAGAAGAAAAAACCGAAAAGAAAGGGUUGGGUAGUCCCUUUUUGACGAUGCACGAUUUGGUAGCACAUAAACGUAGUGGUAUACCUCGAUACGAUAUUGCAGAUUGGGUGACCAAGAUAUGGGAGAUUCAAAUGGAUGAGUUAUCCUUGUUCGAUCAAAUUCAUAUCUGUAGUUCGAUGGCGUUGAUUUAUUCGUCCGUAGGGUAUCAUCGAAAAUCCGCUUGGUUGAUGCAUGAAACGGUGGAUCGCAUGUUGCCACUCCUCAUCCAGCAACAUCGACGCACACUGGGUAAAUCAUCGCCAACAAACCAUGAUGAUGGCGUAUUGGAGAUUUUAAAGCGCAUGUGUGAGAUCUAUGGGAUUGGCGAGCGUAACGUACAUGAUGGAGGAGCGUUGGAAGCGAUGCGACAAGAGGAUCAAGAUAUGGUUUUAAAAAAGGCCACCCAAAAGAAACAAAUUCAACAGCAAUUGACAUUGCCAUUGGGAGAUAAGAGGUUUGGUUGGCCCGAACUUCAAAUGGAUGUUCUAAAGCAGUGUAUCUCUGUCUCGGAUGCAUUGAUCGAUAAUGGGUCACGGUUAUAUUAUACCACGGUUUUGCUCAAAAACUUGUAUCCGUAUAUCCCAAAAGCAGAACAGAUACGAUUGGCUACCACCAUUCAGGGGAUAGUAGCUAGUAACAGUAUUCAUCAACGCGUGUCUACACCUGCGUCUGGUAAAAUCAAUUAUUGGGGUGUUAAUAUCGUUUCGCGUGUGGAGGCCAAAAAGCCCAUCUCGAGAAAAGCAGUUUAUUCACAUCCGAUAAAGAACGAAGCCGUAGCGAAUGCGAAUAAACACACCGUGUCUCCAGAAGAUGCAGAUCCAUUUAUUUAUAAUCCAUUUGCCAAAAAAGCCGAUACGACUUAUAAAAUUGUGUUAGUGAAAGACGAAAUAUCCGAGUUCAAAGUGACAUUAAUAAAUCCGUUUGGAUUUGAUUUGGAACUACAAAACAUCAUGCUAAGUACAUCGGGUGUGGCAUUUAGUGCUGUACCAACUGCUGUCACGAUCCCUGCCAAUGCCACCAUUUUUAUUCAGUUAAUGGGCACACCUGAAGAAACAGGCACGUUGGUCAUCCGUGGCUGUAUGAUUCAAAUCAUUGGAUUUUCAGAACAAGAAUUUUUAAUUGACCACCAAGAGAAAAAGUCACCGGAAAAUGUCAUUAAUGAGCAUUUCAUCAAAAUCAAGCACUGUGGGCUGGAUGCAAUGAAAAUCAGUCGAAAAAAAGAAUCCACAGGUGAAAACAGUGUGUCGAAAUUCUAUGAACUAACGGUGAUUGACGAUCAACCGCUUUUAAAGAUAAAGACCACUUCCAUGAUGCAUGGUGCUGUCAUGCUUUACGAAGGCGAGGUAACACAUAUUACCAUGGAGCUAGAGAAUAUCGGAAAUAUUGCGGUCGAUUUUAUCACACUGUCAUUUACAGAUUCAACUACCUCACAUCCUCAAGCCAUCAAUCCUGAACUUCCCACUGAAGACCAGUAUGAAAUCGAGCUACACACCAAGGGUACACGUGUCUUUUCCUGGGAAGGUACUUCCGAUACAAUAUCCACGGAUUUUGUUGGGAAAAAAAUAUGGUUGCCACAGGGAGCAAGUACAACCCUCCAAGUCAAUGUCUAUGGCAAAAGAGACUGCCAUGAUGGAACCAUCCAGGUAGAUUACGGGUAUUUAGACAGAGCUGUAUCUGAAGUCAAAGAAAUUCCAAGUUCGAAACCAGACGAAAUAUUGGCUGCCAUGUUUUAUACACGACAACUGUAUUUAAACGUCAUGAUUUCUGUUUACCGUAACCUCGAGCCGUUUAAUCCGGACGUUGUCUAUCUACGCCAUAGUACACCCGCACCAAACGAUGUACUGGAGCAUGCAUUAAAGAACAUUCACCAGCAAGGAGACAUCUCCUCACUGAUGCAAAGCCAGCCUGUGGAGGACUUGUUACUGGUCACGAAAAACGUCGGAUUGGAAAAUCAAGAACGUAACGAGUAUUGUCUUGUAACACUGGAUGUUCGAAAUAUAUGGACUGUGCCCUUUGAUAUUCAUUUCGAGAUUGAUAACAAGACAGAGGAUGCCAGCGACAGCAGCGGUGGUGGUGGCGGUGGUGGCGGGGAUCUUGAGUCUCGCAUCACGGUUUUACCGGGAACCACUUCGAGAAUUGUUCUACCAUUGAAACGGUUGUUUCUACCUGCGAAUGUGUGCCAGCAAGAGAUCCCCUCGUUCGAUCCCAAUAAACAAUUUGUGGUAUCGCAAGGGCCAAAGAUCUCGGAGGAGCAACAAAAGGCGCGACUUCAAAUGUUUUGGUACCGCGAGGAGCUACUACAGCGAAUCAAAGCCAAUUGGAAAUGCAGACUGACACAGCGAUGCGGUAUAUUAAACCUUCGACCGUCGUUACGAUUAACAAGUCUUCAGCUGGGGAUCUUGAAGAAGGAGGACGUGGAAUUUAUGGUGGAGAUGAAGGGAGAUAGUGUACAGAAAUUAAGUCAUCGAAGAUUUUCGUGUGUUUGUAAUGAUUAUGUGGUGAUGACAGUGUCCAUCAGGAACCGAUUUCCUCAUCCUAUUAAGCUAAUACUACGUAUUCAACCUGUGCAAAGUUAUAAUGAUGGAGUAAAGGAAUAUGAUUUAUCAGAUAAGCUAUUGAUGGAAGGAGUACAACAAGUGAUCUUGCCUGAGAUUGCACCUUGGGUAGGAAGCAUAUCACACUCGUUUCCAAUCUUCUUUCUAUCUCGUGGACAAUUUGAGCUCUUGUAUCAUGCAGAAGAUGUACAUACACGCCAUAUUUAUUAUGAUCAUGAAUGGGCUGUAGUAGAUGUGACAGAAUUAAAAACGAUUUAG